AUGGCCCCUCGGACGAGGCAAAGAACCAGAUCGUCCGCUGCAACUAUAGCUAUAGCCACAGAGAAAGGCACGAAAGCGAAGGCAAAAUCCAAAUCAGCGGUGGAAAAGGAGUCCUCGCACCUGGAGGAAACAGGGAAGGGUGAGGCUCGUCCUGACGAGGCUCUGGGCGACGAACCAGAUCCUACAAAGACCAAGGAAAAGUCCAAGAGCACUACGAAUACAAAAACCACUCCUGCCAACACCACCAACAACACUCUCCCUCCGACCCUUAAUCUCGUCUUCCCCACUCAUAACUUCACAGAAUUUACAAUCGCCACCCCCAGUUCAGCCGCCAAAUCGGCGAAAUCGCCAUCAACAUCGACCAAGACCACCCCCUGUCAGCGCAGCCAUGCAGUGCCUCACCCGACAUCACUAAUUUUCACGCACGGCGCAGGAGGCGAUCUCUCUGCGGCAGCUAUGGUGAAUUUCUCCCGCGGCUUCGCGGGCACGGGCUCGGCGGUGGUCAUGUUUCAGGGGAACAUGAACGUCAAGGCCCGGGCGGGGCUGUUUGGAGUGGUGAAAGAAUAUGAGAUUGAGCAUGGGUCAAUCAUCUCGGCUGAUCAAGAUAAGGGCAGUCCCCAGGGAAAAAGCAGUGUGAAUGUGUCAGGGAAGAAGAGAAAGGUCACUGCGGUCAGCACUAGCACUUCCACUUACUCCAGCUCCCCUUCCACCUCAGUGGCCUAUGGCGGACGAAGCAUGGGUGCCCGUGCGGCUGUGAUCGCAUCACACACAGACCACGGCAUCAAAACGCUCGUGCUAGCCUCAUACCCGCUCGUCAGCCCUAGCGGGGCCAUGCGCGACCAGAUCCUCCUCGACAUCCGCGCGGACGUCGACCUGCUGUUCAUCUCCGGCGAUCACGACACCAUGUGUCCACUCGACACCCUACAAAACGUCCGGGCGAAGAUGAAGGCUCGCACGUGGCGAGUUGUGGUCGACGGCGCGGAUCACGGCAUGAAUGUCCGUGGAGGCAAGAAGCUCAAGGAAGGGACGGAGAGGGUGGGCGAGGAGUGUGGUCGGAUCGCUGCAGAGUGGUUGCGGGAGAGGGACCUGAAUAGGCGCGAGAUGACGGUGUCUUGGGAUGGUGAGACGGGGUCGGUCCGCGGGACGGUAUGGGUAGGGCGGCAGACUGGGUCGACACAAGAGCAAGGUGGGACAUCGAAACGAGCGAAUAAAAAGGACGAUAGUAGUUCUGGAGACAACGAAAAAGUGGACGAGCCUGAGAGGGUCGGAGUGAAGCGGAAGAGGACCAAGAAGUGA